AUGGGCUUUCUUAGACGAGUCGCGACCUUACGCCUUAACAUGGUCCAGAAGAGUGACAUCCGAAAGAGCUUUGGUGUACAGCUGUUGGUUCUUCAGAUUGAGAAGCCACAGCUGCCAUGGUUUGGGCAUGUGCAGCGAACGCCUCUGAAAACGAAAGCAAACAACUGUUUCUUGCUCAGCCGACAGGAAGAAGGCCCAGGAAAUGGCCAAGACUAUCCUGGUGCAAAUAUGUGA